CCGCAUCCGACCAAGACUCAAAUAUGAAAUAUUUAUUUAUUUGUUUCCUUUUUUCCCCCUUAAUCAUUUAUUGUUGCAGCUAAAUCCUCAAACAUUUCUAGCCUUUUUUUUGUGCGAUCAAGCUAGUCAUAGUUCUCGAUUAAGACGUUUAACUACUGUUGAAACACGAAUUCCUUGAUAUCGUAAGAUAUUGUUGAGGUUUUGAGGAUUCGGCAGCUUGUUUUUUAAGCCUAGGUUUAUGUGGAGGAAUGGAUGUUGAAUUGGUUACAGACGGAAUAUCAGAGGAUGAAAAUUUCGGUUAUGAUGAUGGAAGUGAGGAUUACUUGAAUUAUGAGGGGGAACGUUGUGGUAUUUGUAUGGAUGUUGUUAUCGACAGAGGUGUGCUUGAUUGCUGCCAGCAUUGGUUCUGUUUUGCAUGCAUUGACAACUGGGCUACUAUUACGAGCCUUUGCCCUCUUUGCCAGAAUGAGUUUCAACUGAUAACAUGCGUACCUGUACAUGAUAGUUUUGGAAGCAGUCAGACGGAUGAUGAAGCAGAUCAAAGAGAUGAGGACUGGUUCGUCGAGGGGAAAACUAACACUCUUUCUUUUCCUUCAUAUUAUAUUGAUGAAAAUGCAGUUGUCUGCUUGGAUGGAGAUGGCUGCAAAAUACGGAGUGGAUCAGUGGAAAUUGGAGAAGAUUCAGACAUUGAUACAUCCAUUGCUUGUGAUUCCUGUGAUAAAUGGUACCAUGCUUUCUGUGUGGGGUUUGAUCCUGAAGGAACUUGUGAAGGCUCAUGGCUCUGUCCAGGGUGUAUUAUUGCUGAAGCUCAACAGAGGUCAGAAAGGGCUUCGGUAUCAAGGAUAAACUACCAAAACGGUAUUGGAAAUACUGGCGGCGACUAUUUAGCUGAAGCAUCAUUUUCUGGAAGAGUAUCAGUAUCUGUUGCUGAUGAUGGCGAGACUGCUGUGGUCAUCUCAUUGGUUGAAGGAAAUCAAAAGUAUCAGGAAUCCGACAUGGAUAACAAGGUGUUAACCUGCUCUACAUCUAGUGUAUCGAAUGCUGAAGCAUUACCAGAAAAGAGGAACAGUUUUGAUCCUGAGUCAUGUCAACAAGAAACGGAAGAAUAUUUAUCUCCUGCCAAGCAGAAGAUAAGUGCUGGUGAUAUAGUUGAAAGAGCUGGAACACAUUUAAACGACAAAAUGACUGAGUCUGGUUUAGGUCUUGAUCUUGGUACAUCCAUGGGAUCUGAUACACUUGAUAAGAAGACCAAUAGCAUUUCUGGAGAUCAGGUGACUGGAUCUUUGGAAGCAAAUAAUAGGUCAGAAGAUUUUUUACCAGUGUUUCCAGCUGCGACUGUGGUACCUGAUGAAAUCAAAGCUUUCUCUAUGAAAAGCAUGUUGCCUAAUGUGAAACAGAUGCCAAGUGGAACUGGUGCUAAAAGAAAGCACGGAAAUCGCAGAAAUGCGGGUGGAAAGAUAGAGGCUAGUGUCGAGGCUAAACUAUCACGGAAGAAAAUCAAAGCUGAAAGAGACUGUCACCCCAUUCGCCUGACAGAUAAAAGAGCUGCAUCUCUUCUAGAUGAUUCCAAUACAGCAUCUACGCAACGAACCAUGGGAGGUAGCACACAUAAAUCUUCAUCUUCCAAGGAAAAUGGCACUCCAGAUAUAAUGGAUAUAGUUCAGGAGACAGAUCGUAGAAAAGAAAGAGAAACUGCCACUGGGUUGAGGCUAAAAAAGAUAAUGCGGACUGAUAAUAAAGAUUCUUUGGUGCUAGUUCAAGAGCUUAAGAAGAAAAUCAGAGAUGCUGUUCGAAACAAAUCCUCUGAAGAGCUAGGACAGAAUCGUUUUGAUCCAAAACUUUUGGAUGCUUUCCGGGCUGCUUUGGCUGGAUCAGGGGCUGAAAAUAGGAAGCAGAGUUUUGACAUAAAGGCAAAACGGGCAUUGCUACAAAAAGGAAAAGUACGUGAAAGCCUAACAAAAAAGAUAUAUGGAACUGGGGCUGGGGGAAAGCGAAAGCGUGCUUGGACUCGUGAAUGUGAAGUUGAAUUCUGGAAACAUCGUUGCAUGAAAGCAUCAAAGCCUGAAAAGAUUCAGACAUUAAAGUCAGUUCUUGAUCUCCUGAGGGAUGAACCUGAUCAAACAAAGAAAAUGCCUGGGGAUGACCAGGAGGUGAAGGGUUCUUCUAUUCUUUCGAGAUUGUAUUUAGCCAACUCAUCUGUUUUCCCUAGGAAGAAUGAUAUUAAACCUGUCUCAGCCCUUAAAGCUGACUCAAAUGAAAUAGCAUCUAAAUCGCAGCCAAAUAACCAGUCCGACCUAAACCAACAGAAGCUUAGUACUUUACCAGAGGUGAUUACUCCUUCUUUAGAGAGUAAAGAACAGAAGACUCAUCCCAAGGGUGCAAAAUCUGAAGCUGCUUCAGGUGAUGCACAACUAAAGAGACAUCCCAAAGGUGCAACUCAUACUACUGCAAUUGGUGGUGUUAAGAUACCUUUGUCGAAGGACACGGCAAGUAAACCUGAUGUUGUAAAGAGCGAUAAAAGACAGUGGGCCUUAGAACUAUUGGCAAGAAAAACGGCAGCCUCAUGCAAGAGCACACAAGAUAAAGAAGAGGACCAAUUAAUUCUCAAAGGACACUAUCCAUUAUUGGCUCAACUGCCAAAAGAUAUGCGUCCUGUUUUGGCACCCAGUCGUCACAACAAAAUACCCUCAUCAGUCAGGCAGGUUCAACUUUAUCGUCUAACGGAGAACUUCCUGAAGAAAGCAAAUCUAUCGAAGGUUUGCCAGAGUGCUGAAACAGAGUUGGCUGUAGCAGAUGCUGUUAAUAUUGAAAAAGACAUAGCUAACAGGUCAAAGAGUAAGCUUGUAUACCAGAAUCUAUGCUCACAAGAGCUGUCACGCAGAUCAGAAGACAUAAACUCUGAAAGAGCUGAAGGAAUUAAUCAUUGCUCCACUUCUAAAGGCCCAUCUGUUGAAGCAUCUGAAGAAGCGAGUAAUAUAUCCUUUGAUCUCGAAGUUAAUGAAGCCUUAAAAAAUGCAGGGCUUAUGUCUGAUUCCCCUCCAAGUAGUCCCAGUCACCCGACCGAGGAGGACAUUGAUAACAAUGUUGGGUCACCAGGAAACAGCGAUGAUGGACCUGACAAUGUAAUUGAAGUUGAUCCACAUCCGGAUCUUGAUAUUUAUGGUGAUUUUGAGUAUAGUUUGGAAGAUGAUGACUUCAUUGGUGCGGGUGUUCUGAACACUUCUAAGCUAGAGUCUGAGCCACCUAAACUCAAGUUGUUGUUUUCUUCCCUUAAACCUGAGAAAACAGAUGGAACGGUGGACUUUGUGGAUCAUGAGGCGCAGAGAGAUGUUGAACCUUUAGCUGGCCCAUCUGAGCUGCAUGAGCCUCAAAACAAGACGAGUGCUGGAAGCUCAACUGUUGAUGAUAGAGUAGAUGGGUGUGGUCCUCGAAAGUCUUCUGAUGAAGAUGAUGAAGAGCCUUCUCUUGCAGAGUGUGAAGAACUUUAUGGACCUGAUAUAGAACCACUAGUCGGAAAGUAUCCGGUGACGGUUGCUGCAAUGCAAUUUGAACCAACAGUCAGUAAUGAACUACAUGGGGGAAAUGGAGAUGAUAGGUCGAACGAUGCUGAUAAGAGCUCUGUACAACCAAUUGAGGAUCACCCCAACAACUCAGGAGCUACCACGGAGGAAUCAAAUCAAGCAAAUACCAAGGAGAAGACAUCCAAAUGUAAUGCCAAGCAAUCAGAAAACCAUAAUAUGGUCAUGAAAAAGGUCGAAACUUACAUAAAGGAGCACAUAAGACCGCUUUGCAAGAGUGGCGUAAUCACAGUUGAACAAUACCGGUGGGCUGUGGGGAAGACUACUGAGAAAGUAAUGAAGUAUCACUCCAAGGAGAAAAACGCUAAUUUCCUCAUCAAGGAAGGUGAGAAGGUGAAGAAACUCGCUCAACAGUAUGUUGAAGCUUCCCAACAACGUUGAAGGUGAGAAGGUAAAGAAACUCACUCCAACAGUAUGUUGAAGCUUCCCAACAACGCUGAAGCUUCCCAGCAGAAAACUAAAAUCGUUACACGUUCACUGUGUUUUUUGAAUCUCACCAGAACGUCUCAUUGUAUCGCUUAAAUGAAUGCGCAUCAAAAUACGGUAAAACUUUGGACGAGAUAGCACUCAUGUGGUCCCUUCUAAGGUUUGAGUGCUAGCUGCUUAGUAUUGCUACAGUUUCUGUGAUAUUUGGAAAUAUAUUUCUAAUUUCACUCUACAUGUCGAAGUUGUGAACUUGUAAACUACUGGAUUUGAGUUUCAUUCAAAUUUGAAUUUGGCAUGGUAAAUUCAAUAUAACCAUGUGUAAUUUGUCUUUAA